AUGGUGGAAACAAAGACUAAGGAAGAAAACCAUGUCAAGGAGGAUCAUAAUCGGUUCAAUCAGCUCAGUGAUGAAAUUUUGAUCCUCGUUCUCUCCUUCAUAAGCCUUAUGGACGCAGGACGAACUUGUGUCCUCUCCAAAAGGUGGAAAGAAUUGUGGAAGCAUCUUAGGUGUAUCCACAUUGAUUGUGAGGCAGCUCGGAAGUCUAUUUCUUGGGUAGAUAAAAUCUUGCACUUACACCGGGGUCUAAGUGCAGAUGAACUAAAAAUUCGGAUCUGCUCCGGCAGGGUAUAUGUCAAUGGAGUUGACAACUGGAUAGAUUUUGCGGUACAAAAAAGAGUUAAGAAGCUUGAGCUAGACUUGAAAGGAGGUGCACCUUACUAUCAUAACAUCAUCAAGUAUAUAUUCCCGGAUAAGCCAUUUAAGUUCCUAACUCACCUCUCUUUGAUCUACGUCAGAGUAAUGGGAUCAGCACUGCGGCUGAAAUCUUUAAAGUUCAGCGAGUGUUACGAACUUGUCAUGGUGAAGAUUUCUGCUCCCAACCUUGUCUCGUUCAUCUAUGAGGGUGCAGGUCCAUACAGAUGUGGAAUUAAAAUUCUACAUGCACCAUCACUUGUGAAGGUUCAUUUGGGAGAAGGUGACGAUUGUAUAACGAAAUCGUUUAAGGCGGUUAGAGAUUAUUUUCUUCAGCUAGUUACUCUCAGCCUACGCUUGAAUCUGUGCCAGGAACAGAUUAUUCUGCCGGCAUUUCGAGCAUUAACCCAGCUAAGAGACUUAUCACUAGCCGUAGUAGUCAAGAGUGAAGGCAAAAGCCUCCUGGAGUUGACCUCCUUAUUGAUAGAGAAAUCUCCAUUUUUGCAGAGUUUUACAUUUGAGAUAAUAUGGAAUUAUUUUGAGCCGAUGGUUACAAGAUCCAUGCUGGACAUUCCUGAAAGCCCUCACAGAUGCCUUAAGGUGAUCAGAUUUACGGGGCUUAUCGGGCUGGGCACAUUUAUCGAUACCGAGCUAGCCAUGUAUUUCAUUCAGAAUGCUGUUGUGCUCGAAAAGCUUAUUCUUGACGUUGGAACUGAAACUACUGAUUACUAUUAUAAAGAACGGGAUCCUGUAAAAAGAGCCAAGAAGUUGGAGGCAAGAAAACAGUAUGCUUUGCGGUUUGGAGCACAACUCCCACCAGGGGCGGAGCUCAUUGUUCUGUGA